GAGAACCAGCCAGGAGGCACCAACAACUCACGCCUUUCUCCCCUUUUUUUCAGACUUGAAGCGAACAAUAACUCGUGAGUACAGAUAACGUCGGGUCUGGGGAAUCAUCUUUCGUCAGUUUUGCAACAGUAGUUACAUUACCCACUCUGAUUUACUCUGAUUAACUCUGGACCCCAGAAGAUGAACAGGGGUGACAACAGCUCAAAGCCGGCGCGCAGGGGCCAGCAGCCACCCCGGGCGCCACAGCAGGGCGCCCCUCAGACCCAGAAGGGGACUAAAGACUGCCGGAGGAGCUCCUGCCCUAAGACACGGCUUAACAACGACACACGGGGGACUCAGAAGGAAUCUGCAACGGAGCUGAAAUCAGUGGGAAAAGGGAAGCGAGCGGGAAGCGUCGUGGAGAGUGUGUCCAACGACGAGUGCCCUAAGAGUGCCAGCGUGCAGAGAAAACUGUCCGAUGACAGCAACGCAUCGGAGGACUACAGCAAGGACUCCGGUUGUGUGUCUUGGAAACUCUCUUCUUCUGAUAGUAGCUCGGAAAUGUCUGAUUGCACGUCGGAGGGAAACAAGCCAGACCCUCAGAAUAUUGACCCUGAAAUAAGUUGGUCGGACGGGAGCCCAUCUGCGUCUGCGAUGCACGGCGGAGGAAGAGGCGAUGAAAGGGAGAGCAAGGACGGCAACACUGUGGGCAACUAUCUCCCUGAUCGAGGAUUGUCUCCCGGAGUCGCUUAUGUGUCAGAAAACGAUUCAAAUCUGAUGAUGGGGGAGACGACUGAAGGUCUGAUCAGGGAGGUCGACGAAUUGAGAUCUGAAAACGAAUAUUUGAAAGAUGAGAUGGAGGAGCUGCACUGCGAGAUGGUGGAGAUGCGGGACAUGUUCCAGGAGGAGGAGGUGUACCAGCUGCAGGAGCUGCGGCUGCAGCUGGAGCAGGCCAACAAGACUUGCCGCAUUCUGCAGUACCGGCUCCGCAAAGCGGAGCGUCGCAGCAUCAGGGUGGCUCAGACCGGACAAGUGGACGGGGAACUGGUCAGGAGCCUGGAGCACGAUAUCAAGGUUGCAAAAAGCGUCUCUCUGCGCCUCCGGAACGAGCUGGAGUCUGUGCAGAAGAAGAAAUCCCUGUUGGAGGUAGAGAACGAGGUGCUCAGAGAAAGGACCCAGGAGCUGGAGGUCGCCAAGCAGGUCCUGCAGACUGAGGUGGACAAAGUCUUCUCCAAAGAGAACUCUCUGAAGAGGAGAAGUGUCAGAUCUCCUAUCAGCAAAGCAGAAAGAAGGCUUUCCCAACUGAUAGAGGAGGACAGCGCUGAUCUAAAAUGCCAACUGCACUUUGCUAAAGAGGAAUUGGCGCUGAUGUGCAAGAAGCUGACCAAGUUGGUAUCAGAGAGUGAAGGCAUGCGUGUGGAGCUGGUGAGAUACCACUUGGCCUACGGGGAUGUGGACCCCAACCAGUUCCCCGAGGGUAAAGCCAGCUACGCCCGCUCCAGGGAGACGGAGGUCAAGGCUCACUUGAAACUGGUGGAGGAGGAGGCCACUCUUUUGAGCCGACGCAUUGUAGAGCUGGAGGUGGAGAACCGCGGCCUGAGAUCAGAGAUGAGCGACAUGAGAGAUAAAUGUGGAGGUGCGAUGGAAGAGGAAGAGGAGGAGCCAAUGGAAUUAGUGCCAGAAAAACUGGUUCCCCAGGUAGACGUGGGAUGGGAACUGAAAGAGAGGGGACAGAGUGGGACAAUGGGGCACACAACAGAGUACACACAGGACAAUAAAGCCAACGGUACAACAGAUGCAGGUGUGGUCGAGAGCUUUGUCCUUAGGGACGGGAGCCCAGCACAGACCAAAGGGAUGUUGUCUGUGUGCCAGAUCACCCGAGAGAGUCCUGUGGGUGGUGAAUGGAGUCCUUUGGUCCAAGAGGAAGUAUCUGGCAGAAAGGAGGACAGAGCUCUCCAUGGGAAGACUGUUAAAGACUAUGAAACGCUUCUUUCUCUCAAAGAGCAUGCCUGCAUUGUGAGUUCAGCCAUUCAACUUCUCACCUCGCCCUCAAACGGCCUUUCCUCCACACCUGUUGCUAUGCCCGAGACUGGGUUUCAGAACAAGGCCCAACCCCCAGGACAGACCUUGUUCAUUCAGGGAGCUGUAAACGAAUCUCUGGCACUUUUGCAAAACAUGUUGCUGGCCUUUAUUGGACACCUGGAGAAACUUAUGACAUAUAGUGGAUUAGGUGAUCUUUCGUUUCAAAAGGGUGCACAUUUUUGUGAUUCCUUUAUGCUCCCAAUUAUUUUGAGGGAGUUUGCAGGCCACAACAUGGAUGCUCAGAAUGUCAUUGAACAUAACAUGAUGGAAGAGGCCUGUGCCACAGACAUUGAGGAGAGAGUGAAGCACACACAGCAGGGGUCGUCCUCUCAAUUUAACAUGAUGCAAAGUCGAAGAGAUCCAAAAGUGCUGCUCAUUUUGCAGGCAAUCUCAGUUCUCCAUCGAUGGGGUCAAGUGAAUGAACCCGGACGGGCGGACAAUGAGGCAAGAGCCAAAACCAUCUACAUGCUACAGAAAGUGCUGCAUGAACUGGAGGCAGAGUGUCCCAACAGUCAGACAGCAUGUGACAGUGAACCCAAGGCUGUGCGAUGCAAGACGAAUGAGGAUGCCAGCGCCUGUGCUAUCAGCAAUGAGAGGAGAUACUUUGAAAUUGACAGGACAUACAAGGCUGAAGGGAAAAGGUCCAGACGGCCAUUUGCUCCACGCAAGUCCAACCGGAAACACUGGUUUUAUCUCAGCCAGUCGGUCGCUCAGCUGGACCAAGAGGAACCCGUCAAGACCUGGGACCAUCCGAUCAUGCCGUGCAACUUCCCUGAUCUCGACUUUGAACAGAUAUCUACGGAGAGGAGCCACACCGCCCCAGAAAGCACUGCCAUCCGUAUAUAUUACAGCCCCCCUUCUGCACGCAGAGUCCACCUGGCUCAGCUCCGGCAAAGUCCCACCACGGACAGGGAGUCCGUCACCAUGGUCUCACGUAGGUGCACCCCAGGUAGCCCUCUGUCACCCCUCUAUCUGGGUCUCUCUGCCAACCUGAGUGAUGACAUGAAAGAGAUGACAGCCAGCUGGAGGCGGGUAGCUCACUCGAGUCACCCGGAGGAAGAGCGACGGCGAUCGAGCGGAGCCUGGGUAGAGGUGUCCUGUUCGGGCACUCAGACCAGGACACAGCCCCAGAUGGUGAGCGUUGGCCUGCAGACGGACGGACCCCAGGGGGUCGCCUCGGUGAGAAACAGCCCCUCCAGGGUGCAGAGCCCGUCGUCCGCUCGCGCUCUCCACAACUCGACCUCCGCUGAGAAAGUCAACGGAAGGGCGGCAAGACCCAGACAGACCUCCCCGAAGUUGUACCGAAGGCAUUCUGCCUCUUGCCUCACCUCCACCACCUUUAGCAGCUCCUCCCUGGCAUCCUCCCCUUCGUCUUCGUCCUCCUCCCCCUCCAGGGAACGAGCCUUGGUGAACCUCUCGAAUCAAGGCCCUGCCCGGAAGACCUGGGCCCGCCCGGCCCACAAAAGCACUCUAAACACAGACUUUGGCAGCGCCAGCCGAGCCGCUAAGCCCCCCAGUAAAGCUGCUGGAAACCAUCGCUAUGGCCUGGUCACAGAGUUCUUGCGCAAAGUAAGCGGGCGGGCAGAGAAGCCUGCCCCAGGAGCUGGGCCAAAGGGGAAGAGUGAACUGAAGAACCUAGAGCGCAUUCCUACAAGGCCCCCUGCCGUUCCGCUACACAGGACUGACAGCGUCACCAGGAUCGUCAACAAGAGGUUCAUGAAGCAGGGAGAGGAGAAAGGGAGCGGUCAGAGCCAGGCGAUAAGAGGGGCCAUCGCCAGAGACGGCAGCUCGAGCAGUGUCACAGCAGAGGAAGGAAACUAUGACUGCAGCUCCGGCAGUACCCUGACGUUCUGCUUCGCUCGUCCCCAACGGCAAACCUUGAAUCCGGGCAAGCCUCAGUGACAAAAAUACUCUGCAACACUCAGACAGCCCAUAGACCCCAGCUGGGAGUGACAGGAAGGAAGGGCAGCCUGGAUUUCAGCCGUCAUCUGAUCUGAAUCCAGACUAUAUAUGGAAUUUUAGAAGCUCAACGAAUUUAAUUCCAGAUAUUAAUGUUUGAUGCUUGGAUGGCAGUUUAAAAGAGAGUCUAGAAUCUCUGUGUUGACUGACUUAAUAUGACUUAAUAUGUACUCUUUUGUGAAUAAUAAACAUGCAGAGAGGAAGAUUGUGCUGAUGUGUAGAAGGACCAUAGAUAUUGUGGCUUAUUCUGAAAUACAUAUUUGUAUUUUAUUAAUGUGCAAUUUAAGAUUAUUUUAUUUGAUUAUCAAGUUUUUUUUAAUAUACUUUUUUCAAUUCACUCUAAACAUAAACGGAAAUUUAAAAGAAAAAAAAGUUAAUACACUAAUCCAAACAAUACAUUAGUUGCUGUGUAUUUAUUUUCACCAGGGGAAGACACACCUACCACAUUUACAUAAUACUAUCUAUCGAUCUAUCUCUAUGAGUUCUAAAUCCAUUGACACUAUGUUCACACAUUAAACAUUAAUAUAUUAUAUUAAAUCCAGGAACCCUAACUAUAUGCAGAUUCAGCCUUUUUAUUUUUAUGUAGUACACAAGUAAGCUGAAGCUAUU